GAAGAAAUCGCCAGGGGUUGAAGACGUUUCAAAAUGAGCAGCGACAAGAACAAGAUGGAGGACGAGGCGGUGCUGGACCGGGGGGCAUCCUUCCUCAAGCACGUCUGCGACGAGGAGGAGGUGGAAGGUCACCACACCAUCUACAUCGGCGUGCACGUGCCCAAGAGCUACAGGAGGCGGAGACGCCACCGUAGGAGAACCAGCCACAAGGACAGGAAGGAGAAAGUGACGGAGAACGCCUCUGACAAGUCGGACGCGGAGAACAACGACGAGGCCGGCAACAGCAUCCUCAAACCGCUCAUCUCCCCGGCGGCCGAGCGGAUCCGCUUCAUCCUGGGGGAGGAUGAUGAUGGCCCCGCUCCCCCUCAGCUCUUCACAGAACUGGACGAGCUGCUGUCUGUGGACGGCCAGGAGAUGGAGUGGAAGGAAACAGCAAGGUGGAUCAAGUUCGAGGAGAAGGUGGAGAAGGGAGGAGAGCGGUGGAGCAAGCCGCACGUGGCCACGCUGUCCUUGCACAGCCUGUUCGAGCUGCGCACCUGCAUAGAGAAGGGCACCAUCAUGCUGGACCUGGAGGCGUCCACCCUCCCUCAGGUUGUGGAGAUGAUUACUGACAGUCAGAUUGAGAACGGUCUGCUAAAAGCGGACCUGAAGGACAAGGUGAUGUACACCUUGCUGCGUAAACACCGACACCAGACCAAGAAGUCUAACCUGCGCUCACUGGCCGACAUCGGCAAGACGGUCUCCAGCGCAAGUAGGCUGUUUUCCAACCCGGAUAAUGCACGUAGUCCGCUUGAAAACUCUGUGCCUUGCCUAACGGUCCGCACUUCUGAAGAGGAGCUGCCAGUCCAGAGGAGCCCUAGCAUGGGAUGGCUUAGUAGCCCAACGACAACCCAUCGAAAUCUGACGUCCAGCAGCUUGAACGACAUCUCUGACAAACCAGAGAAAGAGCAGCUGAAGAACAAGUUCAUGAAGAAGCUGCCCCGCGAUGCAGAGGCCUCCAAUGUCCUGGUUGGGGAAGUCGACUUCCUGGACACUCCUUUUGUGGCGUUCGUCCGACUGCAGCAAGCCGUCAUGCUGGGAGCUCUGACUGAAGUCCCUGUUCCAACAAGAUUCCUGUUUAUCCUGCUGGGACCCAAAGGCAAAGCCAAGUCCUACCAUGAAAUCGGGAGAGCGAUUGCCACUCUCAUGUCUGAUGAAGUCUUCCAUGACAUCGCGUACAAGGCCAAGGACAGGCAGGAUCUUCUGGCUGGCAUUGAUGAGUUCUUGGAUGAGGUCAUCGUCCUGCCCCCCGGGGAAUGGGAUCCUGCCAUCAGGAUAGAGCCUCCGAAGUCCCUGCCAUCCUCGGAUAAACGAAAGAACAUGUACGCCGGAGGGGAUAACGUGCAGAUGAAUGGCGACACGCCCCACGACGGAGGACACGGGGGAGGAGGGCACCAAGUGGGCGACGAGCUAAAGAAGACGGGGAGGUUUUGUGGCGGCCUCAUACUCGACAUCAAAAGGAAGGCCCCGUUUUUCGCCAGCGACUUUUAUGACGCCUUGCACAUCCAGUCCCUAUCGGCCAUUCUGUUCAUUUACCUGGGGACGGUCACCAAUGCCAUCACUUUCGGGGGUCUGCUGGGGGACGCUACAGACAAUAUGCAGGGAGUGCUGGAGAGCUUCCUGGGCACAGCGGUCUCUGGAGCCGUCUUCUGUCUGCUGGCCGGGCAGCCCCUCACCAUCCUCAGCAGCACGGGGCCCGUGCUCGUCUUUGAGAGGCUGCUCUUCAACUUCAGCAGGGACAACUUGUUUGACUACUUGGAGUUCCGCCUGUGGAUCGGUCUGUGGUCGGCGUUCUUCUGCCUCGUUCUGGUGGCGACGGACGCCAGCUUCCUGGUCCAGUACUUCACCCGCUUCACCGAGGAGGGCUUCUCCUCGCUCAUCAGCUUCAUCUUCAUCUACGACGCCUUCAAGAAGAUGCUGAAGCUGGCCCACUACUACCCCAUUAACUCGGACUAUAAGGUCGACUACGUGACGCAGUAUGACUGCCUGUGCAUGGCUCCUACCAUAGACAACAGCUCAGGACUCUAUAGUGAUUCACUGGAUGGGACCACCGUUUGGAUGAUGAACAGCACCGAUUUGCCAUUAAAUGCCACCUGGUCUUCGCUGACCAAGAAGGAGUGUCUGAAGUAUGGCGGAGAGCUGGUGGGCAAGGCCUGUGAUUUUGUCCCCGAUAUUACCCUGAUGUCCUUCAUCCUGUUCUUCGGGACCUACACGUGCUCCAUGUGUCUGAAGAAGUUCAAGACCAGCCCUUUCUUCCCCACCACCGUAAGGAAACUUGUCAGCGACUUUGCCAUUAUUUUGGCCAUUUUGAUUUUCUGUGGGGUAGAUGCGCUGGUUGGAGUGGACACUCCUAAACUCAUUGUGCCAAGCGAAUUCAAGCCAACAAAUCCUGCAAGGGGCUGGUUCGUGCCCCCGUUCGGGGGCAACCCCUGGUGGGUGUACCUGGCCUCGGCACUCCCGGCUCUCCUCGUCACCAUCCUGCUCUUCAUGGACCAGCAGAUCACUGCUGUCAUCGUCAACAGGAAGGAGCACAAGCUCAAGAAAGGCGCGGGGUACCACCUGGACCUGUUUUGGGUGUCCGUUCUCAUGAUCGUCUGCUCCUUCAUGGGACUGCCCUGGUAUGUGGCUGCCACCGUCAUCUCCAUCGCCCACAUUGACAGUCUGAAGAUGGAGACAGAAACGUCGGCCCCCGGGGAACAGCCCAAAUUUUUGGGAGUGAGGGAGCAGAGGGUCACUGGUGUCUGCGUCUUCAUCCUCACAGGACUGUCCGUCUUCAUGUCGCCAAUCCUCAAGUUCAUUCCCAUGCCUGUGCUAUAUGGUGUCUUCCUCUAUAUGGGUGUGGCCUCACUCAAUGGUGUUCAGUUCAUGGACAGGCUCAAGCUGCUCCUGAUGCCCGCCAAGCACCAGCCCGACCUGGUAUACCUGCGUCAUGUGCCCCUGCGCAAAGUCCACCUCUUCACCUUCAUCCAGGCCCUCUGCCUGGCCCUGCUCUGGCUCCUCAAGUCCACCGUGGCCGCCAUCAUCUUUCCGGUCAUGAUACUGGCGCUUGUGGCCGUGAGGAAGGCCAUGGACUACCUCUUCUCCCAGCUUGACCUCAGCUUCCUGGACGAUGUCAUUCCUGAGAAGGACAAGAAGAAGAAGGAAGACGAGAAAAAGAAGAAGAAAAAGAAAGGGAGCAUAGACAGCGACGCUGAUGAUUCCGACUACCCCUACAACGAAAGUGUCCCCAGCAUUAAAAUCCCUAUGGACAUGAUGGAGCAGGAGCCGUUCUUGGGUGAAAAACCCUCGGACAGAGAAAAGUCCCCAUCUUUCCUUGAACGACACACGUCAUGCUGAGCGGCUGCACUAUUUCCACACCAACUCCCUGUCAAGUCCUGAGAGCAAUCCAUUUAAAUCUGUGCCUCAGAUUAGAAUAGACCUUGAACCGGAGGACAACGGAUUCUUCUGGCGGAGUCGAGGGUCUGAGACAUCUCUUUAACCAGUAGGACCCUGCCUCUCCCGAUGAACCAGCCAAUCCUCUCACAGACACACAGAAGACCUUUCUAUUUGCAUUUUUAUGUUCCCUUUCCUGUAUUAAAAACAACAAAAAAACUACUGACUGAAUUAUUUUCUUAUGUGAAAAUGCAUCACAUAGAGGGACUAACCCCCACACUGCUGCUUUCUGCAAAGAGAACAAACUGACUAUUAACGGAAUGAGAACA